GAAGCUGGGAGGUCCUACAGAUCAUCAACAACAAAUAGAAGCAAACCAACCACCCUUGAAAAAAAAAAAAAAAAAAAAAAAAAAAAAAAAAAAAAAAUAUAUAUAUAUAUAUAUAUAUAUAAGAAGAAAAGGAAAAAAACGAAGAUGCCACUAGACUUUUACUACAUGGACAUUUCACCCCCAUGCCGAGCCGUGAUGCUCACCGCACGGGCUGUGGGGGUCGACCUCAACCUCAAGCUCGUCAACCUCAUGGCAGGCGACCACAGGAAGCCAGAGUUUCUCAAGGUCAACCCGCAGCACAAGAUUCCUUUUUUGGUGGACGGCACUGUGAAGCUGUCUGAGAGCCGUGCCAUCUGCUCAUAUUUGGCAUCUCAGUACGGCAAAGAUGACUCCUUUUACCCCAACAACCCAAAAGCGCGAUGCAUAGUGGAUCAGAGGCUUUACUUCGACAUAGGAACUCUCUACCAGAAAUGGGCUGAUUUUGCUUACCCUGGCUUAAGAGGGCAGCCAAUUGACCACUCCCAGCUGGAGGGCAUUCAUGAGGCUCUCUCAUUUUUGAACACCAACCUCAUGGACUUUCCUUGGGUAGCAGGAAACAAGGUUACAGUGGCUGACUUCAGCCUGGUGGCCACCAUAUCAUCCAUGGAAGCUGCUGGUGUAAAUCUAGAGCAGCACCCCCGCAUCGUGCAGUGGCUGAAGAAGUGCCAGACAAAGAUGGUUGGCUACAAAGAGGCUAAUGGGGAUGGGGCCAAGAAGUUUGGGGACAUUCUGAAGGCCAUGAUUGCACCUCCAGAACCUGAGAAGGUGGAAGAGAAGGAAGAAACGAAGGAGGAUGAGAAACCAGCAAAGAAGGAAGAUACAUCAGAUUCCUCAUCGGAUGAGGAGAAAUAAGACAAUAAAACAGUGAACAAAGCUAAUGGGUAUUUUACAUCAAUUGUUAUUUAUAUGCUCUUCAGCUGUCUUAUUUGUUUUCAUGUAUGUUUUGGUUCUAUCUGAUAAUAACGUAAAUCUUUGUCAUAUUUAAUAGAGAGAGAGA